AUGGCUGCUCUACCAGACCCAAUCCCAAGUGUUCUAGGGAUCCAAGGCGUUGAGCUGGAUUUGGGUUUGGCAGACUUUAAGAUAAGGCCGGAGUUUCCCAGGAGUUUGGGGAAAACAAAUGCUCCCUUUUUGUCCUGCAGUAAAAGCUGACGAGUCUACGGGCGCAACGCGGAUGCUGUUGGCCAGGCCCUGCGCCAGGCCUUUCCUGACCUGACCGUGGAGAUCAACCCUGACAAGCCCCGCAGAAACAGCUUUGAGGUGGUCCUGUUGAAAGAUGGCAUAAGGGUGGAGUUAUGGAGCGGCCUUAAGAAGGGGCCACCACGCAAGCUGAAAUUCCCAGAACCAAACAAGGUGGUUGAAAGUCUGAAGGGCAGCUUAGAAUAAAGUGAACUGGACAGGAUUGCCAAAGGAUAUCAGCUGAAUUGUUCAUCCCUUGUGAGUUGAAGCAUUUAUGAUGGGAUAUGACCAAGUGAGGUAAACUGCAAAAGCCUCAGUCAUUUCUCUGAAGCUGCUGGUCUUCCUCCAAAUAAAAUGUUUCCUGUCUUCCCACUUUCAAACCUUUUUGCUAUGAUCA